AUGAUAACCACUACACUAACCGCCCUCGUUGCUUGUGAGGAAAACUGCGGAGCGGCUGGUCAAAAGGCACGGGCAAGAGGAGCUAAAAGUCGCUACGAACGACAAACACAACACCCAUGCACACAAACACCCAGACACCCAUUAAAGGCGCAGUCGCUCGGUACGGAAAAGGUAUCGCCACAUACGGCGUCCCCUUUCCGUUUGCUUUUCGCGUCGCGUCCGAUCGCGAAAAAAAACAACAUCGCGCAAUGGGCAAAUCGCGUCCCGGCCUCGCAUGUGAACACAACUGGCUCGUCCGCCCGUCGGCCACCACCAUUAACUUUCGUCGUGCCCUCUGAGCAGUCACAAGCCCUCUCGUGCACACCGCUCACGCAUACUCGUCGUCCCUGGCUCCAUCAGCGCAUGGACGCAAGCGAAACUAAGCGCAGCGACGGCGCUCUCCGCGCCGCGCACUACGACCUCGACGACGGCUUCGACGACGGCCCCCUCGACGACGGCCUCGGCAGCUUCGACCUGCUGGACAGCUCGAGCAACAACCUCCGUUUCGUCGGCCACAAGAAACGCAAGCCAGACGCUCUCGGGCUCACCCGCAGCGCAGGAACUCUCAACCUGUCGCUGGGCCACGAGCCCGCCCCCCAGCAGCCCACUCACCGCGCAGACGUCGUCUCCCGCCCUGUCCCCACCAUCCACGACUACAUGGACAGCUGGAGCCCGUUCAAAGAGAAGCCAGAGUCCCCAGCAACCCUCAAGCGUUCCGCCAGCAAGAGCGAGCUUUCGCCCUUCGUAAAUGACCCGGAAAUCCUACGCAAGUGGAUGUACAAGCGCACUGACGAGGCCCACCGCACGCUGGCACCGUCGCCACUUGCUCCUCUCCCCACUGCGUCGUCCGCGACGCUCGCCGCCCCCGCGUCCGUCGUCCAUCCGUCCAAACACCGCAAGACCGACGAGCACUCCUUCACCAGCGCCAAGCCCGACCAAACCGCAUUCGCUUCCUCGGGGCUCAAAUCCAAGAUGCGCUCCAACCUUCUCCCACAACGCAUCAACCCGCCAGACACGCCCGUGAAGAAAUCCCCGCUCCCCAGAAGCGCCAACACCACCUCCAUUAUGGAUUCCCCUGUACAUUCCUACUCCUCUGCUACGGGUGUGUUUGCAUCCACACAGACUUCUCCGCUGUCCGCUGCCCACACCCGAUUUCUGUCUUCCAAUCUCACCUCGGACUCUUUGCCCGCCUACAAGACGCGCAAGACCAGAGCCUCCAAGGUCCUCAACAACACGGUCUUGACCAACACAUUGCAACAAUUCACCGACGACCUGUAUGGUAACGACGACGAUAACGACGAUUCUUUCUUCUCCGAACGCCUUCCUUCCGCGAUUCCCUCCAUACGCCUCUCAAUGGACCCCGUGAGUCCCCUGCAUACCCCCACAAAGGCAUACCCACUCACACAACAAUCUCCUUUCCUGAUAGCCAAACCCAAACGUUCAAUCAAUGCCAAGAUUAGCAGGUCUGCGUCGCCCUCAUUCGACCAAUUCCAAGCCAACCCCGAUUCACAUUUGGCUACCAAGUUCUCGAACGUAAAAUCCAUCGGUAGUGGUCAAUUCUCACAAGUGUACCAGAUUAUGUUCCCUCCAACAAACACCAAGUAUGCUGUCAAAAGCAUGCGUCCCAACAAACACAAUUCUACGCGACGCAUCCUCCAAGAAAUAGAAUUGCUAUCGCAAAUUAGCGAAACCACUUUGGAUCAAGAGGGCAAAGAAUACGUGCUUACUUUCAUCAGCUCUUGGAAAUACCAAGGUUACUACUAUGUUAUGACCGAAUUCUGCGAAAAUGGUAAUUUGGAUAUUUUCUUACAAGAACAAGUGAUUAGCAAAAAUACCCGGCUCGAGGAUUGGCGUAUUUGGAAAAUAAUAGUCGAGCUGAGUCUCGCACUUCGGUUUAUUCACGAUUCGUGCCACAUGGUGCAUUUGGAUCUCAAACCUGCAAACGUACUCAUCACUUUCGAAGGGUCUUUGAAGCUGGGGGAUUUUGGGAUGGCCACCAAGCUUCCUCUUGCGGAAACAGGGUUCGAAAAUGAGGGUGAUCGUGAAUACAUUGCACCAGAAAUCAUUUCCGAUGGUGUCUACGAUUUCAGAGCUGACAUAUUCUCUCUCGGUCUCAUGAUCGUCGAAAUUGCCGCCAACGUCGUUUUACCCGACAAUGGCAAUGCAUGGCAUAAACUGCGAUCUGGUGACCUAUCGGAUGCUGGUCGCCUGAGCUCCACAGAAAUUCAUUCCGAUUCCCUCUUCUCCCCUACAAAGGUGAACACAGAGGCUACCAACGUGUUCUCAAGCGGUAACUCCAAAACAGGUCUAACUCUCCAACAUCACGAUAUUCCAGCAUGGGUCCCCAAAUUUCUAAUUGAUGGCGUUUCAUUAGAAAGAAUGGUACGUCGUCUCAUUGAGCCAGACUAUACUAAACGGCCAACUGCCGACGAGAUAUUACACGCAGAAGAAUGCGAAUACGUAGAAAUGACACGGAAAGCCGGCGCUAUAAUUCAAGAAGAUGACUUCGGACCCAAGCCCGAGUUUUUCACAUAG